AUGGCGCUCGCGAUCAAUCUCCGCGCGCGCACGCGCGCGUGCGAGCCUCGACACGCGCGCAAGGACGACGUCGAGCUCUCCGCUCGCGCGCGUCGCGCCGCGGAGGCGCAGAGCGCGACGCGCGCGAACGAUGACACCGAUGGGGACAAAAUCCGCGCGCUCGGCCAGGCGCUGCGUCGACUCGACGUCGCGCUCCUCGGCGCGCCGUGGUGCGAGAAGUGCAAGCAACAAAAACAACUCCUCGCCGAGCUCCUCCCGACGCGAUGGCGACAGCACUACGUCGAUUGCGGGAACGCGUCGAGGUGCUUGACGUGCGCGCGGUGCGCGACGACGCCGACGUGGCGCGUCGGCGGCAGACGAUAUCCGGGCGUCUUCGAUCUGAACACCCUCACCGAGCUCGUCGGUUUGCAGCAGAUCGGCCACCGACAGACGAUCGAGGAUCGCGUGAUCGACGCCGUCGACGCCGGCGAUCCCCUGGGCGGGUUGAAACUCGGCGAUUUGCCCGUGCGCGGUCGCUCGCGGCGCCAUCGUCGGCGCGCCGGUUGGGCCAAGCGCGACGCCGUGCGUCUCGCGCAGCGCGAGCAGGGCAAGUUUUGGUGCGAGUUCGGCGAGCUUUUAACGCCUCGCAUCGCUCGUCGCGCGCGCGAGGCCGCGCUCAGGGGCGAGGCGCUCCGUCCGGUCUAG